AUGCCCGAGCGCGAGGCUGAGGAUAAUGUCGUUCGAACACCGUUGCCAUAUCCCAUCCUCAUCCACACCCAGCACUACCUAUCCACCAGUUCAUCGAUCGACAUCGAAUUCCCCAUGGCCCUGACUCAAUACGAGUCCGGUCAAAUCGUGUUCCAAAUCUCCGUUCCUCUGACGCAAGAGGCUCCUUAUCAUGCCCGACGUCCCCACAACAAGUCCAGGACAGGCUGCCUCGCGUGUAAGAAGCGACACGUCAAGUGCGAUGAGACUCGCCCCGGCUGUCAACGAUGCCAAAAACGCGCUAUACCUUGUAGCUAUGCCCCGGACAGGAAACCAGAUCGGAGUAACGCACUGGCCAGCGCAACAUCCAUCAAUCAAUGGACAGGCGUCGCCUUCUCCCUUUCGCUAAAAGAUAUGGAGAGCAUGGUGCUCCAGGCGUUGGAGACAGAUAUGAAGUGGAGCUCCUCCCCCCUCGAACGAACGAGAAAUGCUCGGUCGCUCAGUUUGGUGGCCUUCCAACAUUUUGUCAAUUACUCGACUGAGACAGUGGGUCAUCCGUCGCUCCGCAGGGUCCUGAACACGGACAUGAUCCGGGUGGCAUUUGCGAGCCCCUACUUGAUGUAUACCGUCCUCGCUGUAGGCAUUCUGCACCUGAACCGCGUGUCGCCCGGAAACGAGAGGUGCUCUCUCGUAGAGUCGUAUUUAUGGCAGCAGGCAAUCCACCGUUACCAGGCCGCGCUGUGCUCCUCCGUCACGCGGGAAAAUGUCGACGCGCUGCUGUCGACCUGCAUCCUGAUGGGAGUGAUGAGUCUCUGCCCCGAGCGCUUCUCUCCGACGGAUUCUUGGGUCCUAACCAACCGACCGGAGGACAUGAACUGGCUCUGCCUGCAAAGCGGGUUACGAUGUAUCACGUCCCUGGCAGGUCCCUCUCUCUCCGGAAGUAUCUGGGCGCCUGCAUUCAAGGAUACCCACAAAGAAGAGUUCCAAAUCUACAGCAAUCAAGUCCAACAGGGACGGGCUGGUCUUGAUACAGAACUGGCGGAUCUGUGUGAGAUCGACGAUUGCACGACGAAGGAGACAAGUCCAUACCAUAGCCCACUGCGGGUUUUGGCGGUAAUAAUGAAGCUCGAAAAAUCCGCACGCGCCGCCGAUCAAUGCAAAAUGUGGGUUGGACGCCUGGAGCCGAAUUUCCUGGCAUUAUUGCGCCAGCGUGACCCACCGGCGUUGCUCAUCGUGGCACACUGGAUGGGCCUCAUGUGUCAUUUCUCGCAGUGGAAGCCUUGGGUCGAAUGUCGCAUUCGCAGCGAGUGUGUCGCGAUCUGUAUGUACUUGGAAACGAGCACGGACCCAAGGGUGCUCCGAUUACUGCGGUUUCCGGCUGACGCGUGUGGAUAUCCAAUGCUGGCGUCCUGA